ACAUUCGGUAGUACACGACCGUAACCCGGAGUAACCGGCCGCAUCAAGCAGCACCGAAGACGUCGACAAACGACCAUCACGACAUACAACACUGCGCGAUGCCCGGCGACGUCGCCAUUCGAUUUUUCACCGCCCAAUAAUAAGACGCGCGGCAUAUUAGUCGUUGUACUUUCUCAGUUACUGGCCACUGGCGGUCUCCAUACAGCCGAGUCGACUUUGUUCCGAUCUUGUCGCAGCUCGGCGUCGGUUCUUCUCUAGGCUGCACCGACCGAGGCAGAGGUCGAGCACUCGUGAUCCCCUGUCCGCGACCCACGAUGGCCCUCGCAGCCGCACGACUGUGCCACCGUCGGCCGUCGAUGACGAACAGGACGACGCGGACGAUAGUGACAGSCCGGACGGUGGUGGUCAUCAUCGCGCUGGCCACGGCCGUUGUUUGCGCGGCCGUCACCGGCGCGUCGGCCAUAACGACGAAACCGUCCGCGACGUCCGUCAUCAGGACCACAUUGCAGAUAUCGCCGCCGGCCGAUAACAAAACCACCGUAAACCCGGAAAACCGACAACAAGUUCGCCAGCCGUCGUUUGCAGCACGCUAUUGGCAGCAACGUGACAUCGUCAGAGGACCAUCAUCUGUGAACGUCGAUGACGACGACUACUCUGUACAACAGCCGCCACACAAGCUUUCGGCUGUCCAACAGACGCACAUACUCGACGACAUCCGUCGGCACAACCAGGAACAGCAGUGGUGGACGGCACCGGAAACAGCGUCAACGGUACCGUCAUCGACAUCGAACGUCCCGAUUGAGAACAGUGGCAACCAGCACCAAGAUUCGGCGGCUGCGGUGGACCAACUACAGCAACUAUUGCAGAUCAACGGCGUGGCUGCAGACGAUGAUGAUGCGGUCGCAGACAACCCGGAAGACGACCGUCACGGCAAACAGAGGUCCAUCGGYGGUGCAGGUGGUGCAGGUGUUGGUUGGCAACCACAACCGUACAACAACAAUCACAACAUACAUCAGCAACCAUCUUUAUCGCCUCCGGUGACGACAGUUUCAUACGGGAACCAGCACAGCMACAAUCAGAAUCAACAAAAACAGCAGCAAUACUAUCCUACGACGUUGGUGGGACCUACCGUAGAACAACAAAACUACCACCACCAACAUAACGUCCAUCGUCCGCAGCAGCAGCAACAGCAGCAGCAGAUCUUCGUGACUACGCCUCAGUCGUCCGUGGUUUCCACAACCUCCAACAAUAAUCUGCAGCGGCACAUUCAUCAGCAGUACAUACCACUGCAGGGCACGCAACCUGUACAGCAACCACAACUGCAGUAUUAUCCCCAACCACAGCCACCGGCGCUACAGGUUCCAGUGGCCGUUAAUAUCGGAGACAGUGACAACGAUGACCACAGAGGUGGUGGCGGGUUGGACGCGGACAUCGAACAGCAGAUCCGCCAGCAAUUGACGGCUGUCGUGGGUGCCGGCGGUGGAAAUUACACGAUACUCACUUCGGCCGGCGGCGAUGGCGAUGCUAAUCAUCGGUUUACACAGCAGGUCAUAGGAUCAGAGUCCAACGACAACGUUCAGUACAUGAAGAUCGGUGUCGGUGGUUCCGGCACCGGAUCAUCACCGUCGCGGAAUCGGUUACAGCAACAGCAACCGACGGAUGCGAGUACGGUUUUUGCGGGCGCAGCAUCGCCCAGUGUCGGUAGUACCGCCAACACGGCCGACGGUAGCCGGAACACGAUCUUCAAAACGGUUGUUAUCCGGCAGAAGCCACAGCCCACGACUGCCACUCCUGUCGUCGCACCGCCAGCAGCCGCUGUUGUGAAUGCACCUCCCUCGCAGCCCUGGACGGUCAGUGAACAGCAGCAACUAGAGCAGCUUGCCCGGCAAGUGCUGCCCCCGGGCGUCGCCCAGUAUGAAAUCAUUCGCGCGGGUGGCGUCGACGGUAGUGCCGCUGCCAAGAGUGGCGGUGACGCAGCGUCUGCGGCCACAGUCGACAACACUGCGGCGUUUGCGGCCAGUGGCACAGAUCAACAGACGGUUCCGGCUGGUGGCAAAAAAAAACCGGUGACGUUCGUCAUUCUGGAGGAACGACCGGACGGCACCGUGCGGGUACGCGGUAUCGAGAAAAAGCAACACGGAGGCGCUCCGUCCGGAGGCAGCGACGUGGCGGGUACGUCUUCGGUGGCCGAUGACGAACAGCUCCAGCAGCUGGUGGACAAGCUGAACCGGGGUGAACUCCGGUUGCCAUCGGGUGGCUCAACAACGACGCUGUCCAAGACUGGCGUAUCGGACAGCGCUGCGGUUGCCAGCACCUCGACUCCGCCGUUCCCGUCUACCGUACUGCCACAGUUAACGUCACCAGCUGGUGGUAUUGGCGUCAGCACAAACAAGCGCCGUGAACCACURCAACCGUCGUACUUUCCUACUAAGGCGCCGCAAACAACCACCACCGCACUACAUCAGCAUCAACACCAAAACUUUUUCCUCCCUACUGCCGUACCGACCGAGGCGGUAGCCGUCGCAACUACUACCGGACAACAACAGCAGAACAAGUACAACCAUCACCUCCACCAACAGCAACAGCAACAGAAACAACAACAGCAACAGUUCUAUACACAACCAACAAUUACAACGUCAGCGUCUUAUACGACACCUUUGGUAAACUCAACUUUGCCAUACUUCAACAACAACAACAACAAAGCCGUGAAAGAAGGCAUAUUUAGUGGUGCUCUUCGACGUCGUGGAUAUUACGCCAUGGCUAAAUACAUGCGACAAGCUGGUGUAGACGCUGUGCUCGAAGAAACUGGACCGUUUACUGUAUUCGUACCAACAGACAAGGCAUUCAGAGCACUAUUAGUGCAACUGGGCGGCCCCGAUCGUGCCGAGGACAAGUUCCGGGAAAACCCACGUUUGCUGAUCGGGCUUUUAUUGCAUCAUGUCGUGCCUGGAGCGUUCAGGGCGUCUGAUUUGAUGGCAGGAGACGAAAUGACUGGUGUUAGUUUAGCGGGCACACAACUUCGUGCAAAUUUAUACGCACGACAGCUUUACGACAAUCGAUGGAACGACAUAGAAGUACUCACCGUCAAUGGUGCYCGAGUGUUAGACGACGUCAACCCAACGGCGUCUGCAGCAAUUAACGAUGGCUCUACUUCCGACGAUGGUAGCGGCGGAUCCACCCAACAGCGCAGGGACAUGAUAUUGUCGUCAAGCGGAAACGCAGGAGGAAGCAAUCAACAACAGAUCAUGGCUAUAGGGCAUGCAGUUGACCGCGUAUUAUUUCCAUUGCCCGUCGGUGACAUACUCGCUACCAUGAGAGCUGACCGGCAGCGACGAUACAACGUCUUUUUACGAGCCGUGGACGAGUACUGUUCACCUAACGUGCGAUCGCUACUCACUGGUUCAAGAACUUUGACGGUGUUUGCACCCGUAGACGAAGCGUUUCGGGUACGCCGUGGUUCGGGAAAUUAUAGCACAAGUAGCAGCAGUAGUUCAAUAAUUGAUUGGAUGCUUCAUGAGGAUACMAGUAGCCGAUUCAAAAAACGAAAUCGUCGACGAAUAGCUGACCGUUUUGUGCUCAGCCACGUGGUGUUGGCAGGACCAGGGGAUCCUCCCAUGUACACAGCCGGAUUGCGAUUUUAUCAGGUCAGGGACACUGCGUACCGGCUUCCGGAAGGUGAUGAUUCUACAGCUGCGGCAGAGGAGGAAGACGAAGGUGUAGCGGAAGACUUCAACGGUGCCGGAGACGAUGGAAAUUUAACGGUUUCGCCGAAUGACGGUGAAAAAUCACGUUACUAUCAGUUGACCGUGUACAAGGAUUCGGGCAGGAUACGGCUGAACGGUGGUGUCGCCCAGGUGUUGGUCCGCAACGUUCCGGCUACCAACGGGGUACUACAUGGACUAGACACACCUCUAGUCUGACAACCACUUGAAGAAGUAUAUGGUGGACAUGAUAAUUGAUCWAUGACAACGUCUGCAAUGCUGUCACWGAACAGUUUUUAUUUAUUAAUUAUUAUUAUUUUAUAAUUUAUGAUAAUAUAUAUAAAGUUAUUUACGUUUUCCGUUUUGUAUACACAGUUGCAGUAGGCUUCCUACACACUAUUACUGUAAUUUUUUYCAAGUGUAUUUCGUAUUAAACACAUUUUAAUAAUAUUUGAUAUGAAUUUAAUAUACACGCACUCAUAACGUGACGAGUGUCAAUAAUAUUAUUAACUUCUGAGUACAAAAUUUUAUGUUUA